AUGUUAGGCGGACGCGCUGCUGCACCACCAUCAAAGCUUGCCAAAACAGAUCUCGCUGCUCCCAUCCCUAAAGCGCAAAAGGGAACUAUUAGAGACCUUUUCUCUCAGGUGCCUGAGGAUUCUACCAUUGAACAAUCCAAAUGGGAAACCUACUAUCAGCAAUCUACGAGCACCAACCCCCUCACCAUCAUGGUGUCGCGCACGCGUGAGUGGGUGGACAUGAGAAAAACCAUUUUGGAAUUUGAUGUUCAAUUCAAGAAAAACGAUGGUACGCUGUUGGACAAUAACAGUAAAGCCUUCCCCAUUAAUAACAUUGGGCACUCACUCAUCAAACAAAUCAAAGUCAGUAUUAACAAAGGCAGCAUUCAGCCCAAUGACGACAAGUACCACUAUCAAGCCUACCUGGACCAAUUGCUUAACUUUUCCAAAGCUGAUAAAGAAGGAUGGAUGUCCAUGGAAGGAUGGUCCACCGAUACCCCUGGAAAAUUUGACGACACCAACCCCCUUCCAAGAACCAUUACAGAUGCUACCAACUCUGGUACAGCUAAUACAUACACUCAAGCCGCUUUAAACACCUGGCUUGGCAAUGCCUUAGCACGGGUAACCCCCAAUGAAGGAGCUGUGUUUCGUCACAAGUUGUGUGCUGAUGGUAAAACCGUCAAGUUUUUCAUUUCCCCCUGCAUCCACAUGUUUCGCAGUUAUCGUUACCUUCCCCCUGGUUGUGAAGUAACAUUUGAAACCAUGUGGAACCCUUGCAACCUGGUCAUGAUGGCAGCUCAAGCAGACAACGCUGCAGCCACAGCCCCCACCUUCACCAUAGUUCCCAAUACUUGA